AUGGAAAAGGAACUGGGGAACCAAACCCACUUUGAGGGAUUCAUCCUCCUGGGUCUCUCCACCUCGCCCAAGUUCCAGGGUCUUCUCUUCCCUCUCUUCCUCUCUAUGUACCUGAUUAGCCUGCUGGGGAACCUCUUGAUCAUCCUGGUGAUCUGUUCCAAUGAUACCCUCUUCCAUACCCCCCUGUACUUCUUCCUCAGCCACUUGUCCUUGGCUGACAUUGGAUUGAGCUCCAGCACCGUGCCCAAGAUGCUGCAGCCCCUGGUGUCCAAGACCAACGCCAUAUCCUACAGUGGAUGCUUGACCCAACUGUAUUUCUUUGUGGUCUUUUGCACCACAGAUAACUUCCUCCUGGCCUCCAUGGCAUAUGAUCGCUACGUGGCCAUCUGCCGCCCGCUACAUUACAGAACAGUAAUGAGCUACAAGCGCUGUCUGAUCUUGGCUGCCGGAUCUUGGCUCCUGUCUAAUGCUCAUAGCCUGCUGUAUGUAUCCUCGAUAUCUGGUUUUUCCUUCUGUACUUCCUGGGAGAUCCCCCAUUUCUUCUGUGAUGUCCACCCUUUAAUCAAACUCUCCUGCUCGGACACCUCCUCUGUUGAAAUGAUGCUUAUGUUUGAAGGUACGGUGGCCUUGUUUGGGCCCCUCAUGAUCAUCCUCAUAUCCUACAUCUUCAUUGUCUUCCAAGUAUUGAAGGUCCCAUCUGCUUCUGGGAAGUACAAGGUCUUCUCCACCUGUGGCUCCCAUCUCACCACGGUAGCCUUAUUCUAUGGCACUCUGAUGGGAACCUAUAUCCGCCCAUCAUCCACCUAUUCGGGUGCUAAAUUGAGUAUAGCGUCCAUUUUCUACACCGUUGUUACUCCUAUGCUCAAUCCCUUUAUCUAUAGCCUGAGGAACACUGAGAUACAUGGGGCCAUGAGGAGGUUGCUGAGGAUUUGGGCAACACGGAACUACAAUUCCCAGAAGGACAUGGGAGCACCAGAGUGGUCCACCCUGUCUUUUCUAGCUGUUGACUCGGUAGUUUUUGCUGGAGAGAGAGAGAAGGAAAUUGGGGGAACUUGGAAUUCAACAGGGACUCUCUUCCUCAUUUUGCCCAGCUGGAGGGAGAAUUUGGCUUUCACUUGCCUGAGGCAAAGUGGCACAUUACAAAGUUCACAUGGGGAAGAGCCAUAUAAAUGCUUGGAGUGUGGAAAGAGCUUCUCUCAGAAUACCCACCUAGCUGCACAUCAGAAGAUUCACACAGGGGAGAAGCCAUAUAAAUGCUGGGAGUGUGGGAACAGCUUGUCUCAGAAUACCAAUCUAGCUGUACAUCAAAAGGUUCACACAGGGGAGAAGCCACAUAAAUGCUGGGAAUGUGGAACUGCUCUCAGAAUAUCAACCUAG